AUCGAUGCACGCAUCAUAACUUUUAGGGCGGUGUUCGCAUUUUGUUUUCAUUAAUUUGAUGCUCAAGAAUUGUUAAUUAAAUUUAUAUUAAGACGCAACUCAGAAUGCAAACAAUGGAGAAAUGCGUGUUAGCGAUUGCUGUACUAUGCUUUCUGCUGCAAACAGCUUCGGCCAUCAAAUGCUGGGAAUGUCGCUCUGAUAGCGAUCCCAAGUGCGGAGAUCCCUUUGAUAAUAGCACGUUAGCGAUUACGGAUUGCCAACAGGCCAGCGAACUGGAGCAUCUGAAGGGUGUCCGACCCACGAUGUGCCGCAAGAUCCGCCAAAAGGUGCACGGGGAGUGGCGUUACUUCCGGAGCUGCGCCUACAUGGGCGAGCCGGGCAUUGAGGGCGACGAACGCUUCUGCCUGAUGCGCACCGGCAGCUACAACAUCUUCAUGGAGUACUGCACCUGCAACAGCAAGGAUGGCUGCAACGGCGCCGGCCUGCAAAGGAGUAACCUGCUCAACGUCCUCCUUGGCACUUUCGCCGUCGGCCUUGUGGCGCACUUUCUGCGGCAAUAGACGUGCCAUCGCCGUCGCCUUUAGCGAAUGACAACUGUACUCGAAUACUGUUUGUGUAAUUUUUAAAUGUGCCUUCGAACUCGAACUAAACUUAACUAAUGAAACGCAAUUCCGUCCUGCCUUUGCGUACAUAUCUAGAGAUAUCUAAACACUCACAUUGUAUAUGUAUUACGAUCGAAUAUAUAUAUCUUUAUUUCGAUAUAUACAUAUACCUAUUCACAUUCCGUAUCAAUUAAGAUUAAGCGCAAUCUCGUUUAUUUUGUAUGCCGAUUUUUACACUUGUUUAGUUUAAGUGACGAAAGUUUACAAAUUUUUAUUGUAAUACCAAUUAGAACAUUUUUACAACCGAAUAAAAAUCAUUUAAAUA